AUGCACCAGCCUCCACAGAUUGCCGGGUGCAAAACCAUUGUUCUAGCAACUCCGCCUGGUCGUGAUGGCAGUAUUUGCAAGGAAGUGUUAUAUUGUGCAAAGAAAGCUGGCGUCACCCACAUUCUAAAAGCUGGGGGAGCUCAGGCGAUCUCAGCGAUGGCUUGGGGAACAUCAUCUUGCCCAAAGGUUGAAAAAUUUUUUGGGCCAGGAAAUCAAUAUGUUACUGCUGCAAAAAUGAUUCUUCAGAAUAGUGAAGCCAUGGUUUCCAUUGAUAUGCCUGCUGGCCCUUCAGAGUUGCUGGUCAUCGCCGACAGACAUGCCAAUCCAGUUCACAUAGCUGCAGAUCUACUCUCUCAGGCAGAACAUGGUCCUGACAGUCAGGUAGUUCUUGUCAUUGCUGGAGAUGGUGUCAAUGUUGAUGCAAUUUUAGCUGAAGUGAGCAAACAAUGUGAUAGCCUUCCUAGGGGAGAAUUUGCUUCAAAAUCACUUGGUCAUAGCUUUGUUCAACUACUGCAUCAUUUUAGUAGUUACUGCACUAUUGUUGUAGCUACUGCACAGUUUGAGCAGCUACAAUACAAUUGUAGCAGUUACUAUAUAGUAAUUGUUACAAGUUAUAGUAACUACUGCAUAAUAACUGCUACAACUUGUAGCAGUUACUGCACGGUUGUAGCAGCUACUGUAUAUUAG